GCUAGCAAGGAAAUGGGAUAUCCAAUAGUAGAUUACAACGGAAAGGAAGAAAUAGGAUUCUCAUAUGUACAGAGAACAAUUAUGAACGGCACCCGUAUGAGCAGCAACAGAGCAUAUCUUAAUCCUGCGCGCGAUCGCAAGAAUCUUCAUGUAACUCUUGAAAGUAUGGUGACAAAACUGUUAAUCGAUCCUAGUACAAAACGAGCAAUCGGCGUAGAGUUUGUUAAGCAUGAUCAGACUACACGUGUGAUUGCGAACAAAGAAGUGAUCGUAUGUGCAGGUGCUAUUGGAUCACCUCAAUUAUUGAUGUUAUCCGGCAUUGGACCAAUGAAACAUCUUAUCAACUUAGGUAUAGACGUCGUCCAAGAUGCACCAGUCGGUGAGAACUUUAUGGAUCAUAUAGCCUUCUACGGAUUAACAUGGGCAAUAAAUACAUCGACAAGUUUACUAUCAAGCGAACAGUUAAAUCCUUUUAAUCCAUAUAUAACCGAUUUUUUAUUAAAGCGAACAGGACCGUUCACGAUCCCGGGUGGACUAGAAGGCAUUGGUUUUAUUAAUACAAAACAUCCGGAAAAACGUAACGGUUUACCAGAUAUCGAACUACUGUUUACCAGUGAAUGGAGUAAAUAUGUUGAUACAUUUGGUUGGAGUCUUAUGCCAAUAUUGAUGAAACCAAAAAGUCGUGGUCGA